AUGAAGCUAAUUGUCUUCCUAAUAACGUUUCUUGCUUCUAACUUGCUUUGUGGCGCACAAUACGAAGGCGGAGGCGGCGGCGGCGGCGGUGGUGGUGGGCCUGGCGGUUAUGGAUAUGGUGGCUAUGGCCCGAAUGGGCCCUAUGGCGGAGCCGGUGGUAAUGGUGGUUACGGUUACUAUGGACCCGGUGGUAGCGGUAGCGGCAGCAGCGGUAAUGGAUAUGGAUAUAGUGGUCCUUUCGGUGGUGGGGGUGGAUAUUAA